AUGAAGGUCGAGCUGACGCUGCAGUAUCUGGAUGAGUGGAUGCUCCGCUGGCGCAAGUUUCAGACGGAGAGCGACUGGCAGAUUGAGAAUAAUCGCCAGUGGUGGCGGCAGGCAAACAUGGUGGCAGCUGGUGCGGUGAUGGGGAGUCUCGUUAUGUACACUUCCGGCGCUGCCACUCUUCGGCGUCAGUUCGGCGCCCCGCACUUCUUCGACGUCGGUGUGGACGCUAAGAUCAAGGAGGCGAUCUGCGAUACCAUGACGAGCCGCUGGCGCUACACCCCGCAGGGGUACGGACGUCUGAUGCUGGUUGGACUGCCCACCUUCUUUGUCUUUGCUAUUGCCGAGCACAUCCAGGAGCGUCGUCGCCUCCGCGCUUAUGUGAACCAGAACACUGUGUUUGGUGAGCAGGCGCGCCGCCUCGUGCAGAGCGGCAAAGUCGAGGAAUACCUCGCAGUGGACAUCAAGGCUUCACUCCCUCAGAGUCAGAUGCAGCUGUACGCAUAA